AUGAGGAAGGCCAGCCAUACCUUGUACCCUGGAUCCUGCCAUCCCACGCAAAAUGCUUACGUUCGUUUCCGAAUUGAUGACAUUGCAUACUCCAAAACUUCAACAGUUGUCCCCACCGGCAUUGUGAUGUGGCUAUUAGACUCCUUAGUCCCAAAUUGGAUGAACUCUGGCGUGUUUCCGUACUACUCUUCUCUUGUGGCACCCAAGGCAAAUAUGCCUCAACUGCCUGGUUUGGACACUUGCGUCUUCGUUGCCCCGAUCUUUUAUACAGGCACUUUGAGUUUCGGACACUUGAUCGGGCUGUCCCGGCGAUAA